GCGCGGGGCCGCCGCGGCAGCGGGAGCAGCGCGGCGCGAAGGAAGGGGGGAGGAAAGGAGAGAGGGAGGAAGAAGGAAGGACAGAAAGAAAGAAGGAAGGAAGGAAGGAUGCAGGCGGUACCCGGGGCGCAGGCGGCCAGGCCGUUCAAGCUGCGGAAGAGUUUCGCCACGCGGCUGGAAGAAGUAGCAGGGAUCCGGGCGAAGUUCCCAACGAAAAUCCCGGUAAUUGUUGAGAGAUACCAUAAGGAGAAAUACCUUCCUCUGUUGGAUAAAACCAAGUUUCUUGUUCCUGAGGAGCUGACCAUGACACAGUUCAUAACCAUCAUCAGAAGCAGGAUGGCUCUAACUGCUACACAAGCUUUCUACCUGCUGGUGAACAACAAAAGCCUAGCCAGUAUGUCCUUGACAAUGGCAGAAGUGUACAGGGACUACAAAGAUGAAGAUGGCUUUGUAUAUAUGACAUAUGCUUCCCAGGAGAUGUUUGGAUGCUUUUUACCCACUGCUCAACGGAAAACUAUGGAAUGCUUUCAAAAAACUUAAGGUUGGGUCUGUGUGCUGCAACAAAGCAGCUUGCUGUGAAUCAUGCCUGUGACAUGAACCUCGGAGAUGCUUCUUCCAGUGUGAGCUCUUGAGCUCUGUAGUGGGGAGUCAUGACCCAAAAGCUGGCAGGACCAGCUUGAGGCAGAAAUGGUGGUACACUUUUCCUAGAUAAUAAUAAAUUGGAUAUAUAUUUUUAUAUUUGAAGACACUAUGAGGUUUUUUUGGAACUGCACCUCCACUUUUUUGCAAUAUCAAUCUUUAUGUAACUGAUUCUAAGGUGUCCUUAAAGCCCAAGUCUAAGAGUAAAAUAAAGAAGUUUUUAAGUUUUGA